GGACUUCGCUCUCGUCUAUAAACCCGUCUCCCUCCUACCGAGAGCCGCCUCCGCCCACGCCGCGAAAACCCUAACCUCGACGACCGAAGAUCCUCUUCGGAGCAAUGGGGGCUUACAAGUAUGUGUCGGAGCUGUGGCGGAAAAAACAGUCGGACGUGAUGCGGUUCCUGCAGCGAGUAAGGUGCUGGGAGUACCGCCAGCUCCCGUCGAUCGUCCGUGUCACCAGGCCGACGCGCCCCGACAAGGCCCGGCGCCUCGGUUAUAAGGCCAAGCAGGGAUAUGUGAUUUAUCGUGUUCGUGUUAGACGUGGUGGCAGAAAGAGACCAGUGCCUAAGGGUAUUGUCUAUGGAAAGCCAAAGCAUCAGGGUAUCACUCAGCUGAAAUUUCAAAGAAACAAGAGGUCAGUUGCUGAGGAGAGAGCUGGAAGAAAGUUGGGAGGGUUGAGGGUGGUUAAUUCUUACUGGGUGAACGAGGACUCAACCUACAAGUAUUAUGAGAUUAUCCUUAUUGACCCAGCUCACAGUGCAAUCCGGAAUGACCCCAGGAUUAACUGGAUCUGCAAGGGUGUCCAUAAGCAUCGGGAGCUUCGCGGUCUCACUUCUGCUGGCAAGAAGUAUCGUGGCCUUCGUGGCAAGGGCCACCUGCACCACAAGGCUAGACCAUCUCGCAGGGCAACCUGGAAGAGGAACCAGACAUUGUCUCUCCGCCGUUACCGUUAGAAACUUUGAUUGUCGGAUUUACCUCGGACUUUGUUUGUUCAAAACUAGGAACUCGAGUUUUCCAUUUGAUUUGGGAACUUAUUUCGGUGCUUGUACUAGAACCAUGAAUGGCAGUGAUACUUUCCUUUCAUCAAAGGCAGUUCUUUUUCCAUUGCUUGAGAAA